AUGACCAACUACGAGCAAAUCGCCCUCCAGGCCGAGAAGGACCUCAACACCUACCAGGCCAAGACUGGUGCCGCCCGCCCCGUCGGUGGCGACGAUGCCGGUGUCAAUACUAUGGCUGAGAACAAGUUCGAGGGUGCUCACGUCGAGUAUGGUGAUGAGUUGAGCACAAACGCUGGCUACAACAAGCGCAUUCCUGCCUCCGAGGGUGGUGUCACCGAUGACAAGGGCCGACAAGCCCGUGGUGAGCAAUACGAGGGCGAGGGCGGUCCCCUUGACAAGCUCGAGAAGGCCAACAACGAGCACGGUGGUGACAACGACAACGAUGUCGUCCCCGCUGGCUUCAAGCAGUCCUCCGGUCUCGGUGCCGCAGACGACAUCGCCAACAAGGGCCAAAGUGCUAUGCGCACCAACGUUGGCCGCAACCCUCCCGGCCCCGGUGGCAAUCAGUUCAAGGGUGCCGACUACACCGAGGACAGCGUCCCUGACCCCAGCUCUGCUCAGGGCUAUGUUGCUCCUGAGAGCGCCAUCGAGACUGCUCGUGGCGACUAA